UGUAGAUUUUCACAAUUGUACAUCGGGAUCGGAAUCCAUGGAAUCCUUCAAAGAAUCUUUGAACAGCCAUUGGGCCAACUUCCAGAUCUACGGUUGAUUUAAUAUUCAUCCAAGGCCAUGGGUCAAUCCAGAGAGUAUUUCAAACCAAAGCUUUGCCUGGAUCUUAUUAAAAUAAAAUGCCCAUUUCCAGUUCUACGCAGAUGCAUCUCGAAAUACAUUUUGGAUUUUUCCAUAAAACAAUAUCAUGUGGUAUCUUCAGAUUUUGACGAUGAUAUACUGGAAUGCCCAAGGAUAUUUCAUCUAUGGAAGACAGAUAUUUUUCUUUGCUUAACUUGUCCAUCAUCUACAACUACCUGUAGUACAGGUGUACUGAGUGAGGUCUUCAUAUGUGCAUUUGCUCUAAAUGUUCAAGAAUAUACUCUCUGGUUGAAACAACUUUUACUUCUUCAUGUUCUGGGAGAUUAUUUCUCAGCUGUUUACAAAGAACAGAAAAAGACAAUCCUUAAAUCCUUUGCCAUUCAUCAUACCACCAGAACACCUGAUCAUGUUACAUGUUUCAUAGAAGACUUAAAUAAAUUAAAGACCACUGUGAAAUGGAAUGAAAGAGAUGGUGGUGAAAGUGACAAGUAUACAAAGGAGAAAAUAUGUGUGUGCAAGUCAGAUGGGGCUAAAUUAAGGAAAUAUCUUCCCCAAAGUACAUUUUCUGAAGGCAAAAGAAAUGUGUUUGGUUGUUGGAAAAUAGGAAUAACAUUCUUAUUGUUGGUUCUUCUUUUUCAGGUUGUUAGUACUCAGCUGAUCCUUUCCUGUCCUGAGACAAAGGAUACGGUCAAAUAUGUGUCCUCUUGUCCCCUAAACAUGGCAGAUGUUGAUCAAGCCAGUCGCGCCAAGAAUUGUUCAUCCUUUCCUCAGAAUUGCACAUCUUUAGACUUAUUUAAAUAUCACUGCUUACCCAAUCAUUACCUAGAUAAAUUCGUUGAAGUGUGUGGUGUAGCUGUCGACAUUAUAUACGGACAUUGUGCAGAAUACAACGAAGGAGGAGGUGUUAUACAGGAAAAUUAUCAAACUGAUUGUACAAAAUUUUCAAAACCUUGUCCGAUUGAAAGUUACUCAUCAGUUGAUACAUAUAAAUAUGCAGACUGUUUCAAUAUUACCACAAAGGAAAUUCCAAGUACAACAGAAAAGAAUGGAAGAGAUGAGCCUGCUCCCCAAAACAAUACAGAAUCUCCAAAAAACAAUGACCCAAACUCAAACUUCCAUUCGUCUAUGAGGGUUUUAGCAAUUAUCUUAGGCAUUGUGUCACCUCUGUUUUCUCUGUCAUUGAUUAUAUUCAUCUGUUGUCGGAUUCAUCAAAAGACAAAUGCAAAAAAGACUUACAAAUCUGUCAGUGGACAAGGUGAAGGAGAUGUCACUAAUGAGAUAACGGAAAGAGAUUACUAGUUACAUAACGAGAUUCUAAGUAACGGUAGCAAAAUAUUUCAAAGUAUCCAGAUUUGAUAUACUUUGGAAGCAACAUUCGCAUAUCUUGCACCAAGAGAGUGUGAUUUUAUCAUACUGAUUGUUGAAUGCUAUGCUGUGUGGAGCUUGCAAACCUGCAUUGCUUACGAGUAUGAGUUAAGACCAUGAAUAAGUGGAGAUGCGCUGUGGAGCCCAGCAAUCACAAAAGUUUCUUUAGAUCUCGAUAGUAAUAGAAAUUAAAAUCGUCAGAAUAUUUGGUAUUUUAAAAUCCCAUUAAAAAAUUCAGAGUAAUAAUUAUACCACGAUAAGAGGCAAUUUAUUUGGAUUGCUGUUGUUGCAGACAUUAGACAUUAGAAAGCGGAAAUACAUGUAGCAGAUAGAAGCAAGUGUCAUUCUUUUCAGAAAAUACAUGUUGAUUAAAGAUAAUUUCUUUUG